UAACAUCCGCUGCUCUUGGAGCGGAAGCGUUUUGUUUUCUUUGUCCCCAGCUUCCGUUCCUGCGCAAUACGUCAAUCCACCGACAUGGCGCUGGCUAAGUCCGUCUACGAUCUGCUCUUCAGGAGAACGUCCACUUUCGCUGUAACCAUCAUGGUUGGAGCGGUCUUCUUUGAACGACUAUUUGACCAAGGUGGCGACGCGAUCUUUGAGCAAAUGAAUCGCGGGAAACUAUGGAAACACAUUAAACACAAUUACGAGAACAAAGAGGAGGAAUAGAAGGCCGCGGGGUUACCUAAAGGCUGAAGUGCAACUGUUGUCACACUUCCCUUAUCCAUUGUUCCUGGACUCGAUACCUGAAUCAAACAUCAGUCAACAUGGACAAUGUGCUCAAAGUCAUGCCUAGUGGGACCCGUGGGAGCUGAUCCACACCACCAUGAAGAGGGAGCAAUGGUUCCUGUCACCUCUUCCUCCACUUCCUGUUGUUAUUUGUAAAGUCUUCGUUCUCCUCACAGAUUGUAAAUGGUUAAAUUAAACUUGUUAAUGUGGUAAAAAU